UGACUAAAAUUGAUCACCUGGACUCUCUCUCUCUAACUGAUUUUUUCUUAUAAUAUUGAUCCUCUGCAACUAAUCUGGGUGACCCAUCCUCAAAUUCAAAUCGAAGUCAAGACCAAUCUUGAACUUCAGAGAUCAAUCAAGGGCUUAGAUUGCGCCACAUGAUUGCAAAAUUGUAAAUUUCUAUGUCCAUAGAAAUAUAUAGGAGAACCCAGCGAGGGUAUCCUGUAUAUUCCCUAUUUCUUACCCAACCCAAAUGCCUUCCAUAUUAAUAACGAAACCAAAGGCUUCAGAUAUUCAUCUCAGAGAACUCUUCACCUCUUCCAUCAUCCAAGGCAAAUGCCGGCGGCGAUGUCUGAUACCGGUGACCAUGGCCUCACGGCGGCACUGCUAUCACCGUCGAAGAAACCCACCAAUGAGAGGUUGAGUAUUGACGAUAUGCUUCAUAGAUACACGGGUGAGUUUGGAUCAUGGCAACUCAGGCACUUCGUUCUCACAAGUUUGGCUUGGGCUUUGGAAGCUUUCCAUACCAUGGUCAUGAUUUUUGCAGACCGUGAACUUGCUUGGAGAUGUGCUCCUGGUCAAGCAGGGGCGAGUUGUUCUCACUCGACACAGAUGAGCAUGUGUGGAUUGGAACCCACAUCGUGGGAAUGGGUCGGUGGUUCUGGGAGCUCUACGGUUUCUGAAUGGGGUCUCAUCUGCGAUAAUAAGUACUUGGUGGGUUUGGUUCAAUCUACUUUCUUCGCCGGAUGUAUGGUAGGUGCAGGAGUAUUUGGUCAUCUUUCAGAUUCAUUCCUCGGAAGGAAAGGUUCUCUAACAGUUGUUUGCAUCAUGAAUGCUAUUACUGGCAGUUUAACGGCAUUUUCUCCCACCUACCAGGCCUACAUUGCUCUACGUUUCCUAACUGGUUUCAGCACUGGUGGGGUGGGGCUUUGUGCCUUUGUACUUGCCACCGAACCUGUUGGCCCCUCUAAGCGUGGUGCAGUUGGAAUGUCGACAUUUUACUUCUUCUCAUCAGGCAUUGCAAUUCUUUCAGGCAUUGCAUAUAUGUUUCGGUCGUGGCGUGUCCUCUAUGUUGCUUCCUCUAUUCCUUCCAUCCUCUUUCUUGUAGCAGUCAUCCCCUUCAUUUCUGAAUCCCCUCGGUGGUACCUCAUUCGUGGAAAGAUCAACAAAGCCAUGAAUGUCAUGCGUAGCAUUGCACAACGCAAUGGAAAGCAUCUUCCUGAUGGAGUUAUGCUAGCUCUAGAUGAGGAUAUCAAUGACAAAACCUCAAAUGGUUUGCAUAACAAAGAAUCAACAACUGGAGUUCUGCUUGUUCUAGAUGAGGAUAUCAAUGAAAAAACCUCAAAUGUUUUGCAUGACAAGGAAUCAACAACUGAGGCUGCUACAGGUUCCCUCUUUGAUGUCAUUCGAUCGCCUGUUACUCGUAUGCGCUUAUUUCUAACAGUUGCCAUCAACUUGUUGUGCUCUGUUGUCUACUAUGGAUUGAGCUUGAAUGUCGUCAAUCUUAAAACCAAUCUUUAUCUCAGUGUGUUCCUUAAUGCUGUUGCAGAGAUGCCAGCAUUCAUAUUAACAGCAAUUCUACUGGACAGGUUUGGAAGGAAACCAUUGGCAAUAGGGACAUUGUGGUUUAGUGGAUUGUUUUGUUUGGUGGGGAGUGUAGUUGGUAACCAUGGUGUGUGGAGGGUAGUGCGGAUGGUUUGUGGAGUUCUUGGUAUAUUUGGAAUGGCUGGAACUUAUAAUUUGUUGUUUAUGUACACAGCUGAACUGUUUCCAACUGUUGUUAGGAAUGCAGCACUUGGGUGUGCAUCUCAAGCUGCGCAAAUGGGAGCAAUAUUUGCACCAUUGGUGGUGGUUUUGGGUGGGGGAUUACCAUUUGCAGUAUUUGGGGUGUGUGGAAUUCUUGGUGGUUUGUUUGCUUUCUACCUGCCAGAGACUAUGAACCAGCCACUGUAUGACACCAUGGCUGGAUUAGAGGAUGGAGCCAAUAAUGUAUGCAGAAGGGCAUGAAGUUGUUUUCUGAUCAUAGGUUAGAUGUUUCUUACACCCUUUUUGUUGAUCCCUUUUUGAGAGCCAUGCAAAAGGAACAAACGUCAAUACCAUGUCCAUGUGUAAGGUAGUCAAUUAUCUUCAACAGUGCCUUGUUUCUGAUUUGAGAUUUUCAUCUUUGACAAACAUGAAUUGAAACUCAACCUUUGUAAGAACAAUGCAAGCUUAAAAAUUGUCACAGAAUUUGGAGUA